AUGGCCGCUACCGCAAUAUGGAAGUCGUUCCACCUGGAGGAGGAAUACCGCCGGCUCAUGGGCGAUAGAGCCAGCACGCUCGAGUCCUACCCGAGUGGUGAGGGUCGGCGCGUCAUCGCGGCGACCAAUGUCUUUGCCUCCGACCCAUACGCCUUACCGCAUGGCACCGAUGCGAAGGUACGAGAGUUAUACCCGAGCCUGGUGGAGCUGAGCCGGGAGAGUUGCUACGUCUCUGAAGUUAGCCUGGAGAAGAUGGCCACGGAGCUGCGUAGCUCCAGUGCCUAUGUGCCAUCCGUGAUAGCGGCAAGGAGCCUCCCGCCAAUCGAGCCAUUCGUCAUGGCAUCGCCGGUGGUGACCCGUCGCAUGCGGCCAGAGCCCCGCUUGUCGGCGCGGCAGGAACAUCAGACCGUGAUACGGCCGGAUUACCUACGCAGUGAUACCGGCAGACUGCCAGGUGCAAGGGUUAGUGACGUGUUGAAUGAAAGUGUCGACCGCUUUGCAACCAACAACACGACACUUGUCGGCAAUGGGAACAUUUUCGACAGUGACAGCUACCGCAGGGGAGGAUUGGGAUCGACUAUCUUACCAAACGAUCAAUCCACGCUUACACCAGUGAGGCCGCAGAGAAGUCAGUUCAACUUCCAGAAGGAGUUCCUGAGUGCCUUCCAGCCGGGCGUGGAGUCCGGGAACGACUACGGGGCUUUGGAAACGCCGGUGGUCGAGAGAGCCACCUCGAACAACCAGACCAUGAACGUGGAUACACUGGUGUCGCCAUUCCCGUGGGAGAAGAGCGCAAAUUUAGCAAGGACGCAGGAUUUCGGUUACACACCUCGUGGAAGGACCGGUGAAGCUAGUGAGCAAAAGUACCCGAGCUAUCUCUCUGGCGACGCGAAUCGCACAAGCGGAUCUGUAGUGAGGCCUCUACGGCGUAUAGAAGAUCCGAUAAGUCUGUUCGAUUCGAUACGCCCUCGCAUGAUGAGUGGCACCGCCACUCACGGCGGCAGGGACUCUGCUACCGCGGGUUUCAGCCUAAGGUCACCCAUACGGUCGCUGAUGCGUGAUAGCGAUCAUAGUUAUGGGUACAAAAAUUCGCAUACAACGCCGAGGUCGCUGUAUCACAACCUGCUUUAG